GCAAAGCCCAGCUGUGCGGACAACAGCUUUUAUCUCAGCCGUCUACUGCGACAGCACCACAAGGAACCUGGGAGAGGAGUUCAACACUCCGACACUGGGAGAGAAUGAGAUGUUUGAUUCUGUGACAGAGCUCACCACACCUCGUUGUUCUGUGGGGGGAACCUUCUGGACUAGUGGGGUGUACUGCUUGAAACAGAAAUUUGGUGCCUUUUGGAAACAGUAGAAAAUGUAUCCGCCUCGGAGAAAGAGACUUAAUCUAAGUCGGAUUAUAUUUCUGUUGUGUGGGGUUUUACUUUGUUGUAUAUAUCAACUUACCAUUAGAACCAAACUAUCUGAGCCCUGGUCAGAAGCUCAGUUUGGAGGAAGCUCAGGAGAAGACCCUGGAGAUCACCCAGGAGAUAACCAUGGAUAUACUAUUGAAGAAACAGGAGCAACAUCUAGUUUGACCACUAUUGCUAUGGAACUGGAGAACCCAAGACAAACAGAUGUGGUACAUCCCGCAGAGACAGCUGUGGUGCUUUCAGUGGAGACAGCUACACCCACAGCCCAGCCAACAACAACAACAACAGAAAGAACAGAGUUACCAGUGACAACUACAAACAGGACAAUCAUUCACUGCAUCUAUGUGGAUCCACACCUCCAGAAACCCUCUCCAACUCCCACACGAGCACCUCCACCCAUCACAACUACACGUACACCACCAACCACGGUCGUCAGUCCCGCAGAGCCCCCGUACAUGAAGGGUGAAUACCCUCAAGACAUUUUCUCUGUCGAGGAACGGCGGAGAGGCUGGGUGACUUUGCAUAUCUUUGGGAUGAUAUACAUGUUUGUAUCUUUGGCUAUCGUCUGUGAUGAGUUCUUUGUUCCUACUCUUGGAGUCAUCACAAAAAAACUAGAGAUUUCGGAUGAUGUCGCCGGGGCAACAUUCAUGGCCGCCGGAGGCUCUGCACCUGAGCUCUUCACCUCCCUGAUCGGUGUGUUCAUCUCGCACAGCAACGUGGGCAUCGGCACUAUCGUGGGCUCAGCUGUCUUUAACAUCCUCUUUGUUAUAGGAAUGUGCGCUCUGUUCUCACGUGAGAUACUCCACCUGACCUGGUGGCCUCUCUUCCGGGAUGUGUCCUUUUACAUCUUAGACCUCGUCAUGCUCAUCGUCUUCUUCCUGGACAGCAAAAUCGUGUGGUGGGAGAGCAUGAUGCUGAUGGGGGGCUAUGGUGUUUACGUCUACUUCAUGAAACACAACGUGCAGAUCGAGCGUGGGUUCAAGGCUCAACUCCGCAAGCACAAGAAUAUUGUGAAAGUCAUCGCAGUAGAAGAACCACAGAAGGACAACGGGACCACAGGUGAGCACAGUGCCCCUCCUGAUCCAGAGGACAAGAACCGCUUAAAGCUGAAGCCCACACUAAAGAGAGGAGGAAGUUCAGCCUCUUUACAUAACAGUACGAUGAGGAAUACUAUUUUCCAGCUGAUGAUUCACACACUAGAUCCUCUCGGAGAGGUGAAGUUUAAAGACAAGGCUCAGGUUUUGAACAACAUGGCCGGGGGGAAGGUACAGGGCAAAGAGAAGGAGAAGUCAGGUGCAGGUGAUGGUGGUAAAACAGAGGAGGACAAGGAGGUCGAAGAGCAAGCCGCCGCGCCAGCCAAUGAGGGGAGCUCCAAGGCAAAGGUAGUGGGACAGAAGGAGCAGCCAGAGACAGCAGUGGCAGAAGGAGGGGUGUCAGGGGGAGGUUCUGAUGAUAGUGAGGAGGACAGUGAUGGAGACAGUGAUGAUGAUGACGAUGAGGAUGAGGGCAGUGAUGAAGGGGAGGAGGAAGAAGACACAGAGGAACCUCUCUCUUUGGAAUGGCCGGACACCAGACGCAAACAGGCCACUUACCUGUUCCUGCUGCCCAUUGUGUUUCCCCUGUGGCUUACUGUACCAGAUGUCAGAAACCCAAAAUCCACAAAGUUCUUUGUCAUUACCUUCCUGGGCUCUAUAGUGUGGAUUGGUAUAUUUUCCUAUCUCAUGGUGUGGUGGGCACAUCAGGUGGGUGAGACCAUUGGCAUUUCAGAGGAGAUAAUGGGUCUUACCAUUCUGGCAGCGGGUACAUCCAUCCCUGAUUUAAUCACCAGUGUGAUUGUGGCCCGCAAAGGCUUGGGAGACAUGGCUGUAUCCAGUUCUGUGGGCAGCAACAUCUUUGACAUCACUGUGGGACUGCCAGUGCCCUGGCUGAUGUACUCCGUCUGCCAUAAGCUGAAGCCUGUGGCUGUCAGCAGCAACGGGCUCUUCUGUGCCAUCGUACUGCUCUUCCUCAUGCUCCUCUUCGUCAUCAUCUCCAUCGCCGUGUGUAAGUGGAGAAUGAACAAAAGGCUGGGUUUCACCAUGUUCCUGCUCUACUUUGUGUUCCUGGUGCUCAGUGUCAUGCUGGAGGAACGCAUCAUCGUGUGCCCCGUGUCUAUCUGACAGGCCAUUGCCUGUGGGACUCCAUAACCGAGUAUCCAGAACAUCUUUUGAGAGCCUUAUAAAUUGCAGUUUCAUCCCACAGAGUCAAAUCUGAAGUCUAGUACUGAUCCACCAUACAAAAUAGAAUAUGUACGAACAUUGUGUGUUAUAGUAGCAGCCCAACCCUUCGGCCUGCAACACUGCGACUUGUUUUUACGGACGCCAUCAUGAGUGCAUAAGAGUUAUGGAAAAUAUAAUACAUUUUAUGUUUGUAUAAUACAUUACUCAAAAUGUGACCACGUACAGUAAAAUGUGGAAUCUUCAAUUAAUAUUCAAACCACCAUAACUAAAUUAAUAUUGAGUGAAAUACUGUUGUUUUUAUAGAUGUUUGAUAGUGAAUACAUGUCUUGGUUGUUGGAAUAUGUGUGGUUAUGUAUGCUCAAUAAUAAUAUAGUACUCACUGUAUUAUAGUGACUGAUAAAUGACAGUGCUGAUAUUUUUUAAUGCAGUAUGUGUUCUGGCAUGUUUGUCAAGGUCAGAAUUUGUUAUGUUUGAGAUAUUAAAGCAUAGGCCACCAUUUCCUCUGUCGGGUUCAUCAGUCAAUUAAAU